AUGGGCACACUGCUGGUUUAUUAUCACAGUAUCGUGGUGGCCACAGACAUCGCCAGCAGAGGGCUGGACAUUCCCACUGUUGAUAAGGUGAUCAACUACGACAUCCCCACGUUCACGCGGGACUGUGUGCACAGGGUUCACGCAGGACUGUUCACGCGGGACUAUGUGCACCGGGUGGGACGAACAGCCCGAGCAGGGAGGGGCGGACGAGCCAUCAGCCUGGUGACUCAGUACGACGUGCAUCUGGUGCACAGCAUUGAGAAGCUCAUUGGUCGACAGCUGGCGGAGUGCACUGAUGUGACUGAAGGCGAUGUGCUUAAAUGCAUCAGCAAGGUGUUCAAGGCGAGGAGAGCAGCACUACUGAAGGUCUCAGAGAGUGGGUUUGAGGAACGGGCGAAGCAGAGGGCAGAGCAGAAGAGGAAGAUUCGGGAGGAGCGAAGAGAACGAGAGGGGGGUGAGAAAGGGAAGAAAGGCAAGUGA